GACGUCCUCGGAUGCAAUGAUUGUUUCAGUCAGAAGGAAAUCUUUUACUGGUGCCGUAGCAGAUAUGGUUAUGAACAUAACAUGCGAGCACGGACACCAUGCAACUUCAGCUGCUUUCAACAAAAGUUCGAUACUGCUGCGCUCCGGAUAAAACAUACAACUACAGACACAGGCUACCACAACAUGAUUACAGGUGAGGCAACUCCUGAAGAUUUUUGUGAUUUUCGAGGAUGGCCAAAAAUUCCACAAAAUGCAGGUUUAGAGAAACCAGUGGUUCUGACACCCCAUCUCAUGAGACACGUGUAUACAGAUCCGAAGUUCAUUGUCCUCUUCAGAAAUCCAACUGAUAGGUUGUAUUCUGACUAUAUGAUGCGGACCAGAAGAUCAGCGGAGGAUUUCCAUGAAGCCGUGACAAGAGAUAUUCAGAUCGAGGAGACCUGCAUGAAGAACCACACAGUGGAACAAUGUCUGUACAGCCUGGAGAUAGCACGAACACUUCAGGUAGGAAAUAUCUCUUGA